CACGUCUCAUCGCGUCAACUACUACUCGCGUUCUCGCUCUCUCCUCGACACCAUGAAGGCCGUGAUUCUCGUCUGUCUCGUGGGCGUGGCCAUGUGCGCCCCUCAGCUGCAGCAGAGGGUGGAGCUGAUUGAGGAGCCUCUGGACACCCCCGACCCCUACGCCUUCAGCCUGAACAUCGCCGACGACGAGACGACCAACUACCACACCCGCAGCGAGACCCAGGACGAGAACGGCGUCGUGCGAGGCAGCUUCUCCUACGUCGCCCCCAACGGCAUCCGCUACAUCACCACCUACAGCGCCGACCCCAUCAACGGCUACCAGGCCAACACCGUCGAGGAGCAGACCAACAUCGUUAUCGUGACCCCCAGGCCCUUCGUCGAGACUCAGCCCCAGGCCGGCGGGCGCUUCUAAACGACCCGAUUCUGUGCCGCUUUCCUUCGAGUAAUUCAUCUUCUUCUGUACCGCUUCCCUUCGAUAAUUUCAUCCUCUUCUUCAUUUCAUCAUCAUGUCCUUCCAAAUGAAUUUCUGAAAUAGAUACUUUUUUUUUUUCUUUUUUGCUAUUUAUCUCUUUAUCCUAUUUUUUUGUUUUUGUUUUUGUUUUUUGUUUUUUCUUCCGUGCCAUAUUGCAACGACUGCCUUAUUUUAGGGCGCUAUUACACAUCCAUUUAUUUCCUUAAGCAUGAGCUAGUUGGAAGUCGCUCUGUCUCCCGUAAACCUUUUUUUGCCUGAUGUAUAUAGUGUACAUAGACAGCUUGUGACGUCAUAACUGAUUCUUGAAAAGCGCAGUUGCUUAAUCUGUUUUUUUUCUUUCCUUUUUUUUGGCUUGAGUAAUGAGUUCCUUUACUGUUAAUGUCAUUCAUUCAACUGCAUAUUUUUUUUUCUUCUAUUCGAUUUUCUUCCUGCUGUUAUUACAUUAACAGUGUUCUUAUUGCCAUAAUUUCUUUGGGUUUGCAUUAAUAUUAUCACCAGUAUGCAAUCAUAACUAGUUGGUUUAAUAUCAUCAUCAAUAUUUCUAUAAUCUUGGCACCAUAUGUGAUAUUACAUGAACGUUAUCAAAUAGAAUUUCCAGGAACCUUAGGCAUUAUCCUAUGAUUGAUAUUAUUGGAUAAACUGAUCAUUAAUUAUUAUUAUUAUUGAAGUUAUUAUUUUUGUCAUUAUUAUUAUCAUUCCUAUGAUUUAUAUCUUUAUUAUUAUUAUCAUCAUAAUAUUCAAAAUACUUAUUGAUUUUUUUUCAUCAUUAUUUAUAUUAUUAUUUCCGACGCUAUUUUCACAAUCAUCAUUAUUUUCCCACCUCAUUUCAUCUCUACUACCUAUCUCAUGUUCUCUUUCAUUUGUUAUUUUUUCCUACUAAAGUUUCCUUGUUCUUUGCGCAUAUGAGACAAGUGUACUGUCUCAUGGGUUUGUUUAUGUUGCCAGCCUUAAAUACAUGUUGAGUUAGUACAAAUAUACUACGGCCUGCA